AUGCAACGCGAAAGCACCUGGCUCACCUCCGCCUGGCUCACCUCCGCCUCGCUCACCUCCGCCUGGCUCACCUCCGCCUCGCUCACCUCCGCCUCGCUCACCUCCGCCUCGCUCACCUCCGCCUCUCUCACCUCCGCCUCCCUCACCUCCGCCUCUCUCACCUCCGCCUCUCUCACCUCCGCGCCUCUCACCUCCGCCUCUCUCACCUCCGCCUCUCUCACCUCCGCCUCUCUCACCUCCGCCUCUCUCACCUACGCCUCUCUCCCCUCCGCUUCUCUCGCCUCCGCCUCUCUCGCCUCCGCCUCUCUCACCUCCGCCUCUCUCACCUCCGCCUCUCUCACCUCCGCCCGCGCACGCUUCUCCACGUCGUCCACGCGCAGGUCUCCUCGUCGCCCGCGCGCGCUUUAUCUCGUCGCCCGCGCGCGCUUUUCCUCGUCGCCCACGCGCGCUUCUUCUCGUCGCCCCCGCCUCUUCAAUUCGCACGCGCUUCUCCUUGUUGCCCUCUCUGCACUCCUUCCUUCCUUCCCUCCCUCCUUCCUUCCCACGGACAGAGAGGCAGAUGGGAAGGACACAGGGGGAGAGACAGAGGGGGAAGGACUGUGGCGCGGAGAGAACCAAGGGGAAGGACAGAGGGGGAGGAACAGAAGGGGAGGGGCAGAGAGGGAGAGACAGAGGGGGAGAGCAUAUUCUUCCCUCACUCCUUCUCCCCGUCGCCCUCCCUUACCCCAAUUUUUUUACACCUCUCUUUAUUUUGCCCAACCUCCCUUUCUCGCACCACCUCUGUUUACCCCCAAAUCUACUCUCCUUUGCCUCACCUGCUUCCCCUCUCCGUCCUCCAUGCUUCCCCCCUCCCUCCUCCCUGCUUCCCCCCUCCCUCUUGCCCUGCUUCCCCCCACCCUCCGCCCUUCGCUUUCCCCAAAUGCCCCUCCUCUCCCUGGAUCUCAUCAUCUCUCCUGUCCCUCCCACGUACCUCUCCUAUCCCCCCCCCAUGUGACUCUCAUCUCCCGCGCUGUACCCCCCUCUCCCCCCAUCUUCCCCCUCUCCCGUCAUCACCCCCAUCUCCUCUCUCAUAUCCCCCCAUCUCCCCCCUCUCCCCUCAUCUUCCCCCUCUCCCCUAAUCUUCCCCCUAAGCCCUCAUCUUGCCCCUCUCCCCUCAUCUUGCCCCUCUCCCCUCAUCUUCCCCCUCUCUCGUCUGUCCCCACCCCACCCUUGCCCGUUCCCCCCUUCGCCCCACUCUCAGGGAAUGGCAGGCAUGAGCCGCGCAUGCCGUGUCUGCCCCCUGUCCGUGUCGCAGACGCGGCACCCAUGACACAAUUGCCACGACACCUCUGCUUUUGGCAGCAAAGCAAGCCACGCCGUGGCUGGUUCGUCUUGCAUCUCUCCCUGCACGCGCAGUGGGGCUGCCCCACCCACUUCCGCCACCACCGCUGCAGCAGGCGGUGCGACAUCUACCGCCGCCAUGCCUCAUCAUGCUUCACAUGCUAA